AUGACAUCUCAAAUAUGUUGUUAUAUAUUUGAAAAUCAUCAUGGUCUUAUAUUUAAUCCUGAUUCUAUUCGUAUUCUUCGUGAAAAAUAUCGAAUUGUUGGUUGUUUAACAGGAAAUUUACCCGAAUAUCCUCGUCAAAAUAAUGAACUUGGUUUACCACUUGAAUUAUCACGUGAAGAAUGUUGUGUAUUAGCUGAUCAACAGAUUAUUUCUAUGUAUGAAAUAAUUUUACCAUUGAAUAAUUCUGAACAAGAUCAUCUUCAAUAUCUUACUGAAAUUGAUAUUGAAUUUCAAAAACAAAAAAUACAAAAUGGACAUGAAAAAAUUAAUGAAAUUUUACUUAAUCGUCAAUCGAUAUUACAAAAAAAAAUUCAAUCAUUCAAUGAAAAUAAUUUUGAAAAUGAUGAAUUUAUUUUAUCUUUACUUGAAACAAAUAAUGCAUGGCAAAAUUGUUCAAAAUCAUUAGAAGAAAAUGAACGAAUUUUUUUAUUAAAUAUAAUUCAACAACGUCUUAAACAAUUUACAUUAGAAUAUAUGUUUAUAAAACUUCCUAUUGAAUCAAAACGAAUAAAUUUACAAAUACGUUUAAUUACUAGUGAAGAACUUAAACAAAAUUUAAAAUUAAUUGAACAAUUACGUUGUGAUGUUUUUGCUGAUUUAUAUUUAAAUAAAAAUCAAAAAUAUUGGAUAUCGAAUGGACAAAAAUUUGGUGGUGAUUAUCUUGUUUAUUUCGAUGAUCCAUCACGAUGUCAUUCAACAUUUAUUGUAACAUGUGUUUUAAGAAAUGAAAUUGAACUAAAUUCUACUAUUAUUCCAUUAACACAUCUUAUUGCUCGAUGUCGUGUUGCUGUUAAUGUGAAUAAAAUAUGUGUUUUAGCUAGUAGAAAAUCUCCAAUAUCAUCUGAUAUUGAAUAUUUAACGAUUAAUUGGAACGGAUUUUAA